AUGUUGCAUCUAUCUAUCUAUCUAUCUAUCUAUCUAUCUAUCUAUCUAUCUAUCUAUCUAUCUAUCUAUCUAUCAUUACCUCUCCCUCUUUCACUUUCGUUAUGUCUGUCAAUCUCACUCUUUCUCUCUGACAAGCUUACUUCUCCUUCUCUCUUGAUCUAUCUAUCUAUCUAUCUAUCUAUCUAUCUAUCUAUCUAUCUAUCUAUCUAUCUCUUUCUUUCUUUCAUUUUCAUAACCUCUCUUUUUCUCUCCAUAAAUUUACUCGCAUUCUCUCACUCUCUCUCAAGUUUUUUUCUUUCUUUAUAUCAGUCAAUCUCACUCUUUCUCGCUUACAAUCUUACAUCUCUCUCUCUAUAUAUAUAUAUCUAUUUUUUUAUAUCUCUCAAUUUCAAUUCUAAUUUCUCUCUUUCUUUACUCUCUCCCUCUCACGCAAUGUCUUUCAUUCGAUUACUCUUUCUCUUUGCCCCUCUCUUUCUCAAACUUUCUCUUUAUAUCUGUCAAUAUCUCUUUCGCCUUUUCUCUUUCACUAGCUUGCUCAUUACUUCUCUCUCUUUUAAACUCGUUUUUCUUUCUUUUUAUUCAUAUCAGUUGACCCUUUUCUUCUCCAAAAUCGUAAACUCACAACGCGCUGCUUCUGGCCUUCCACUCUCUCUCUCUCUCUCUCUCUCUCUCACUUCCAUCCGCCUUAGCCUCCUCCUACACCUCCUUUUCUCCUCCCUCUCUCACCCCGUCUCUCUUUAUGCCCUCUCUCCUUCUUCGGCCUUUUCACCUUUUCUUUUCUUUUUACCUGUCGCUCACUUUGUUCCCUUCCUCCAACAUUUUCGCCAGGACCCUGUGAAAGAAAUCGUGAAUACGGUGUCAGUUGAAAAAGUGAACCUCAUCAAUUGA